AUGACCCAGAGACCUGUCCAGUCGCUCAAGAACGUCUACAGUGCCCCACCUCUCUCUGCCAUCAUACAUGAAUCGAACGUUACAAACUUUGAAGAUGGAUUCUUUUUACCGAGCAGUUACCACAGCAGGACCUGGCUCCUGGACGACUUUCCAGAAACCUGCAGGAGAACCACCAGCUGCAUGGCACCCGAAGGUGAACAGGAAUUACACAGAGAGGAGAGCUGUGUGCAAAAUGCCUGCCUCUCCAGAGUCGUCCAAACAGCUUGUUCUAAUUCCAGGCCCUGUGAAAGGACAGCAUGCCAGUCAAGAAGUUCCUCGGCAGUGUUGGAGUGUGUUUCUCAGCCUUGCCAGUCAGGGAGUAGCCAGCAAACGGGGUUUGUAGUCCAGAGCUGCCAACCUGUGAGCAACAUGGCAAAGUCUUGUCCAGCCAAGACGUAUGUGUCUAAGAGUUGCCAGACUCUGGAAUGUGACUGUAGCCAGUGCCAAGCUCAGAGCCCUGGAUCCAGUUCCUGCAGCUCUUUGGCCUACGUCACACCCAAGUCACAACUCCUGGAAACUUCUAACACUUAUGAGCCAACUUGCUGUGUUACUGGUGGGUCAUCAUUGCCUAGUGAGUGA